AUGUGGUUAAUACUCUUAACAAUAGUAAUCAUCACAGUGAUAAUAACUUCGAAAAUUUUGGUGGACUGGUCGCGCCCUUCAUUAUUUCCUCCAGGACCCCCAGGAUUGCCGUUUCUAAACAACAUCUACGACUUGAAGCUGCUAGUCAGAAGAACAGGUUCUCAUGGUAAAGCAUGGUGCGAGUUGGCCAAAGAAUACGGCGCUGUCGUCGGCCUGAGACUAGGUCUAGCUGAUCCGAUGAUUAUCGUUUCUGGCCGCGAAGCUGUCAUGGAAAUGCUAGGAAGGUCGGAAUUUGAUGGACGGCCUAAUGGGUUUAUUUUUACUCACCGAACUAUGGGAGAAAAACGCGGGAUUUUGUUUACUGACGGCAAAGUUUGGGCUGACCAGAGAAGGUUUUCGUUGAUCAAUUUGAAAAGUUUUGGAUGGGCAGGGCAAACUAUGGAAGAACUUAUUCUUGAAGAUGCUGAAAAUUUAGGAAAGAUAAUAGAAAAAGUAUCUCAAGAACACGGAGGAAUUGUUCAAAAUUUAAAAGAACUUACUGCGCUGGCUGUUCUUAAUAGUCUUUGGUCAUUGUUUGGUGGUUCAAGGUAUAUUUUAAAUUUAUAUGUAUGAUAUUGGGAAGUGUGAGCCAAAAUUACUAGAAACUCUGAGGAUGCUGAAUGAUUCUGUAAAAGAGUCGAAUGUUUCGGGAGGACUAUUGAACUAUUUGCCGUUUUUAAGACUUCUGGCUCCAAAAUUGUCGGGUUAUGAAGCUAUUCAUGAUCGAUUGUUACGAAUGUGGGCUCAGGAAGAAGUUAAGUCGCAUAAAAAAACGAGGAAGGAAGGCAUUAAUCGGGAUUUAAUAGACGCGUAUCUAGAAGAAAUAGAAACACGCAAAUGCAGCUGAUCGCCUUACUGAAAGAUUUUUUUGCCGCUGGAGUCGAUACUACUAAUAACAGCAUUGGCUUUACUAUCGGGUACUUGACAUUAGUUCCAGAAGUUCAAGAUAAAGUACAAAAAGAACUCGAUAGAGUAAUCGGUAAAGAUAAUUUACCUUCAUUGAGCUCCCGAAAUUCGUUGCCAUAUUUAAAUGCGACACUUGCAGAAGUUUUGAGACUUGCUAAUAUUGGCCCGACGACGAUUCCUCACCGAGCGACGAAAGACACACUAUUAAAUGGGUAUGUUAUUAAAAAAAAUUAUACGAUUCUCGCGAACUUGAUGAGUGUUCACCAGGACGUUGAUCAUUGGGGCGAUCCGGAAGUAUUUCGGCCAGAAAGAUUUAUUGAUGCUAGUGGGCAAUUUAUUCAUUUUGGUGAUUUUUAUCUUUGUUUGGUAGGAAGAAGAAAAUGUAUCGGAGAAACUUUGGCUAAGAACAGUCAUUUUCUUUUCAUCGCAUACUUACUUCAGAAAUUCAAAUUUGCACUAGCUCCGGGACAAUCUCGACCUUCGAUGACUGGAAUGGAUGGAUUUGCUCUUGCACCGCCGAUUUUUAAAGUUUUAAUAACUAAACGAUAA